UGUAGCUAUCUUAGUCUCUUCCUGUGUCACUGAAAACAACGUGCCUGGCCAACUUUAAAUUGGCAAAAAUUUAAUGAUAGACAGCAUUUGCGAUUUGUCUUUUGAUUUAAAACGCGCCAAAAAGUUCAAAAGAUAGUUGCGAUAAUUAUGCCAGUUUGCUUUGUAUUUCAUACAAACCUUAAGUUUUCACAAGUUUCUUAUAGUAGAACUUCCAAAGAGUUAUCGAAACCUAAGCAAAAUUUAUUACGAGUCGUAUACACUACUCAAGCCGUCUUCUUCAAAGAGACUGAGAAGACCAAGUCUUCUGAACCUGUUACAGUGACCAGUAUUCCUAGUACAGCUUCAAAGUCAGUAAGUUUUGAUGGGCAAUUGAACAAGUCGCCGGUUUCCAGUGAAUCGUCACGAAAAAAUAUAUCUCUAGACUCUACAAAGAUAAAGGAAUACUCCUCAAAGCUUCUCAGUGAUGUGUCCUCUCGACCUGCCUAUUAUGGUCAAAUUGCAUUGGCUACUCUCGUUGGCAUAAUAUGCCUGCAAAUAAUAGGGUCUAUCGAAGAAUCAUUGAAUCAUAUUCCAAUACUACCCAGUCUAUUGGAACUGGUUGGCAUAGUGUAUACUGCGUUCUUUGCUUGGCGCUAUGUGUCCUAUCCUGAAACAAGAAGCGAAGUUGAAAAAACUCUCAGAAACAUUGUCUCAAAGUUGAACUUGAACAAGUAAUUGCUUUGUCUUAAAAAGGAGUUUGGGUACUAUGGGUUUCUGUUUCUUUCCGUACUCUUUUCAAAUAAAUUUAUUUCUCGUAUC